AUGCCUCUGCGUCGCCCAUCGCUCCGCAGUAAAUCACGUUCUCCCGCGCCGCCACCUGAGCUCGAGCAUUCCAGCCGACAAGGUCCGACCUUCUUGCCUCCUUCUCAUUAUGCUGCAGCUGCGGGACUUGCUUACCAUGCAUCGGAAACCGGUAAUCACGCCUAUGAGAGCAACAAUAUGCAUCACGAUGCCAGACACAGGUCGGCCUUGGAUAACUCUGGACGCGACUAUGGAAAUUCUUCCGCGUCUCCAAAUGGUCAAACUCAGAAGGGAAUUCCGAUGCUGGAGGCUCAACUUUUGCCGUCACUCAGGGAUACUAUCAGCAAAAUGACUCGAUCUCCGUCUCGAGGUAGCAGAGCGACUGAAACCUCGAACUUGACUCUAUCUCAGCUUUAUGUUCCCCGGUCUUCCGGACGGUCUGCGUCUGCCUUGGAUUACUACUCCGAUCCCCCUCAAAAUGGCGGCAGUGAUACUUCAACGCUCUCAACCCCCAGGGCAUGUGGCACUCCCAAUCAAGAUAGCGAAUACCAAACUGCUCGCACAGACACCCCAAGGUCGAGGCCGAAGUCGGUUCUCAAGAAUGUUCUUCGCUCGCCCAUGGUCAAAUCAAGUCCGGUUAGAGGCAGGGACGCAGAACCUCCGGGUGCGAGCCACACCGUGCAGCAGCGACAGGCGACAGCCACUCCAACAGAUAGGCAUGACCAAAAACUCUACCCCAACAACAACAAACAAUUUACUACCAGGAGUCGCUCGUGCACGGAUCCAGGUUCCCAGUUGCGGCCCCGGAUACCAGUACCAUUGUCUAUGGGAACUCCUCAACUACCCGCGAAGACUGACCCUAAAUCAGGAGUAGCCUCUUCGCUUCCUCGAUUCCAAGGCCGCCGUAAGGGCAACGACAAACCUGAAAGCCAUUCUGGUGGCCACCACUCUGAAAAACCUUCAUAUUUACCCUAUAGGGAUCCAGAAACAAGUACAGACGAGUCGGAUCUUGAAUAUCGUUACGAAGCCGUUGGCAGAGAACGUAGACGUCUCGUCGUUGCAAAUGCAGAUGCCCACAGUAUCUCCUCAAGCUCGGAGAGUGAUGUCGAUGGAAGAAGAUCUCGUGUACCCGUGCCGACGGACAGGAACAAACCCUCUACCCCGAAGGCUACCCCGAAGGCUACCGGAUACUCUCGUCCUACUCGCGCAUCUCCUUCUCAAGGCACCCGGCCAGUGAUAGGACUUGGACUGGAUCUGUCUCACAACAGGCCCAAUACAAUUCCAGAUAAACGGUCUAACUCUCGUUCUCGACUACGUGAAAUUCAGGUCACCCAGAAUACGCACUCUGUGGGCGACGUCGGGCAUAACGAAAAAGGGCAACUCUGGCGCGGCGACCAUACGACGGAUGAUGUGGACGAUAUACAUGCGGUUCACGAAAGGCGUCGCGAGGCUCUCUUAGGCAUUGUCAGCGGUCUGGCGCUUGGGUCUGAUUCGAAUGAUACUUCUCUGGCUUCUCGUCAAGAGCUCGAUGAUCACCUCGAACGCGGCGUGGCCAUAAGCGGGUCAGGUGAUGUACAUCGCGGAGAAGACGAUUUUCGGGACAUGGCAUCCAAGAAGGGGACUCCUCGAGUGAAUUACUCUAGGGACGAUGUGACCAGCUCGUCAAGGACGAUUCCUUCAAAGUCACCCAAAGGCGACAAGAGAUCCUUGCUUGCACGACCACCUCCUGUGACACAUGGGUCUAAGUCCCCUUCCAAAUCCCAAGAUGGAUCGAGGUCCCCAGUCAUCAAGACCGUCACGAGUCCUCCUGGAACUUUGAAGAAGAGGAUGAGUGCCUUCUAUGUCAAUUCUUCUGACGACAACGACGAAAUGGAGAGAGAACACGAGGGUUGGCAGCGGCUCAUGAACCACAAGUCACCUCCGCAAGGAGAGAGAAAGCAUUGCAGCAACGAAGAUUACGACGGCUGUGCGACUCAACCAUCAAGCAUUUCUUCGGAAGAGGCGCGGCACGACACCGGGGAAGCUUCGUUGGCAACGCAAAUGAUGCAGUCUCAAAGUGAAGGUACAAUGUCGCAGGCUGGUAGCGACGUCUCUGCCGUCGAACAACAUAUUACGUGGCAGGACGAAGGUUACGAUGGGUUAAGCGUUGGGGCAGAAGCAUUGUUCAGAAAGAUCAGCGGUUCGGAAACAUUGAAAAGGGCAAACGAGAGGAGGGAGGAAACUGAGAGAUCUGAAAACACUUACAGCAGCCGUUCGAGCAGGUCUACAAACAAAAGCUCCAGUGCUUUAAAGUCUCCGCCUGUUGCCCCACGUUUGAACAACUUCCCAGCGACAGAAAUGGCUUACAGCGCUAGUGAUGCCUCUAUCUACGACGACGAAGAGGACGCGGCUGAUACCCAAGGUGCAGAUUCUGGACAUUCAUCGCAACAACGCGGCUACGCUCACCCCCAACCUCCGAGUUGGCAAGCCGACGUGCCUGCAGAAAUAUAUGAAGUACUUUUCCGACGACACGGAGAGUGUGAACUUCGUCGCCAGCAGCUCAUAUGGGAGAUUUGCGAAAGCGAGAAGACCUACGUGGCACGCCUACAAAUGAUACUUGACUUAUUCAUACUCCCGCUUCGUGUGAAGGACAGCAAAGCAUGGAUAUCGGGAGUCCCAUUGGAUUUGGCCAAGCUAUUGGACUGGCUGGAUGAUAUCGUAAAGCUUCAUGUUCAACUUCUUGACGCAAUACAACGCGCGCGUACGGCACAAUACCCGGUGGUGGAGCGCAUCGCGGAGGCUAUAAGGCCAUUCGUCCCGCGUUUGGAAGUCUAUCAACCUUAUCUCGUCAGGUUGGGCGACCUGACGGAGUUGGUCAGCCAGCAAGUCAAGGAUGCUACCGACUUGGGCGAGUUCAUCAAAAUGCAGGAGACCUCGGCCGAGUGCGAUGGCUGGACAAUUGAAACGUUGUUGUCGGAGCCCGUAAACAGACUCGCUCAGUAUCCAGAGUUAUUUCAAAGGCUUCAGGAUGUUACACAGAAGGCCCAUCCCGAUUAUUUGUCCGCCGUCAUCCUCUGUCAUUCAACCAAUCUUAUGAUACGCAUCAUGACGGAGGUGAAAAUACGAGAGGACGAGUACGAACUUGUUAAGGGAUUGUCAACGCGAAUAAGAGACUUGCCUGCGGAUCUGGAGCUCCCCAAGCGAGAUCGUCGACUGAUAAUGGAAGGGGCUCUUCGCCAGGUUCAGCCCGCAACUUGCCGCGAAAUGGCCUCACCAAGUCAGAUGUCCACGUCGCCAUCUUUCGACCUCUCGAAACGAAGCGAUAUACUUGCCAACGCGGUCAGCGAGUGGGGCUCGGAUAGGCGUAACAGGUCGGAAUCCACAGCGUCGUCUUCGACGGGUGUAUCCUUUAGAUCAUAUAGUUCGACUUCAUCUGCAUUCCCGAUUACUCCUGUGCUAGGACAGUUCCCCUCCGGCGCCGGUCUAUCAAUGCCUAAUUCAAAACAUCAACCAAAAAACAAGGCUACAGCUCUCCCAACGUCGAAAUACAAGGAACCUUUUCAACCACCUCAAGCUCCGUCGGACCUCGUGCACAUUUUCUUGUUUACAGACCUGGCCCUUUUUGUGCAUCCAGAAGAUGGCCCGGGGACAUCAUGGUCACUGAUGAAUGAAUGCGGUGUUGUUCAGAUUAUAGACGUCGCUGAGGCAGAAUGCCAUGAGGCCAACGGUAAAGCCAUAAAAGUCGACUUUAUCCCACUGAGGAUGGACGACCGUGACGGAUCCCCGCAAAGCUUCUGUUUCUGUAUGCCGAACGAAGAAUUCGAUGCGACUGCGUGGGUGUCCGCCUUUCGCAAGUGCCAAAGUUUCACGCUUCGCUCACUUUCCAUUCCAUCCUGUUACGGCUCCUUGAGGCUACCUCAAAAGUUUGACGGUCCUCCUGCGGCUAUAGAAAACACGAUCCAGACAAUUUUGGCUUCAGGGCUACCUAUGCCCAAGAGUCCUUCGGUUCAGUUGACUUCUGGAGAACGAGGGAACGUAGUGUCUAGAGAGCGUGAGGAACGUGGAUGGUGGUCUGUGAGGUUCAGACAGGUGCUUCGCGAGGUUCAGUACGAAGAAGACCCUUAUUUCGUAUCGCAGUUUUGA